AUGCAAGCUUUUGCCAACGUCAUUGCCAACGUGCACUCCCGAAACAAGACUUGGAGCCCGGAUGAUGCUCAGUCUUUUGUCCAAAUGCUUGUUAAAGAGAAUGGUCUUGCCCGUCUCGGCGAUAUUUUAGCAUUUAAGGCUGUGAAGUCUGACAGUGGGCGCGAUGCCAGUUGCCUCUCGUUCCAGACAGGCUAUCUUCCAAUUUUAGAAUUCUUGACUUCCGAUCUUGUGUUAAAAAGUACUAUUCACAAGAAUAUCAACAAGCUAUAUGGCGUGGUUAGCAAUACUUGCAGCAAGAUCUGCGACAAAAUCACCACAUGUGUGGGCACCAUGAUUGCGGCCAAGUCCUGGGCUGAUCCUAAGACGCCAUCUCGUACUGCGCGAGGAGUAGUACUCUUUAGGACACUCACGACGCUCCUGCUCCAGUUAUUUGCACGGUACAAGGAGUCCAGGGAUCAAGACCAGAUCGUUCGGUUGGUGAAUAGUCUCGUAGCCUGGUUUACUACUUGGUCGAUGGAUAUCUCGUCCAUGACUUCGACCUUUCAAGACUCCAUCGCAAGCCAGAAUCCAAGGACAAAACGCCUCGUCAUCGGCCAAUUGAGAGAAGAACUUGACAGGCUGGCCGAGAUCGUUAAUCGCGAUCUGGCCCAGAAGGAAGGGAAGAAGCAGGUGCCCGGACCGUCGCAGAUGGCCCUCCUUCACAAGCAGCAAGCCCGCAUCGCGCAGCUAGCCGUGGCCUACGAUCCGCCUGGAGAUCUCCGUACGCAAGGCCCGCGACAUGACAACGACUCUUCAAAAAUAUCCGAGAUCAGAAUUGCCCCGACACAUGAUGAACUUUUGUCGUCGUCAUCACCGUUCCUCCCUGUGACAUUAUCGGAUGCGCCGCACCAUCUACCUGCCCACUCCAUGGAACGCCAUUUGGACAGCCAGUUCCGCUUGCUACGCGAGGAGUUGGUCGCGCCCAUUCGUUCCUCGAUUGCUGUUAUCUUUGCAGAUCUUGAGGAAGCGAAGAAAUCUGCGGCUCAUUCUCAUCAUGGACGACGCACUAAGCUCCAGCAGCUCUUCGACAACCGCGGCGGGGCUUUCAAGACCAGUGGCAUCGACUCGGUUUUCUUCCACGUGUAUACUGGCGCUACUUUCACGUACGCUGCCGCUGAGAAGCGCGACCUCACCGUCGGCAUUCGCAUCGACACCCCGCCAAACGGUGCAGCGCGCGACAAAGACGUGAGCAAGCGGCUCGAGUAUUGGAGAAACAAUCGGCGGCUCGAGUGCGGCAGUCUGGUUGCGCUUGUCGUCGUCGACAGCGGGAGCCCGAAGGUCUUCCUUGGUGUCGUGUCCUCGACGAGCAGGGACCUCGCAGACUCGGCACGGAUGAACAAUCAGAAGGUUCAGCUGCGCAUGUCGUUUUUCGACCCCGAGGUCGAGCUCAUGGCGCUGCGCCGGCAGGCAAUUCAGGCGGACAAUGCGUACGGCUUCCUCGUCGACAAUAACAUCGUAUACGAGGCGACGCGCCCCUUCCUCGCGCGCCUGCAGACAAUGGAACCCGCAGACGUCCCAUUCGCUCGGUACCUCACGGACGGCUCCCUCGCGGAGAUCGAGGUGUCGCUUCCGAAGUAUGCGACCGCGCCGGACUUCCGCUUCAAGCUUAAAUGUUUGGCAAAGAACAUAGAGGCGCACCAUGUUGCGGAUAUGGACGUCUCCCAAGCGAGCGCUAUUCAGAGUGCACGGCAGCAGCUCCUAGACCACAGCACUUUGGACCCGUCGCAAGUCGACGCGGUCGUGCACUCGUUGACCAGGGAAGUAUCGCUGAUACAAGGGUACGUAUCUGUGUGGCUACACGCUCAAUGA